CGGGUAUUGCGGGCGCGCGGCAACCUUGGAUCAACGCCCCGCUGCUUCGGCCCACUCUUCCCUUGCAAGCUGCGGCUCCCUCGCGGAAACCUUAAAGGGUUUAGGGAAGGGCGCGGGGCCGAGAGUCAGAGUGGGACCCGGGAUCUCCCCGCGCCCAGUGGGCAACCAUGACCGACGAGAGCUCCGAUGUGCCCCGGGAGUUGAUGGAAAGCAUAAAGGAUGUUAUUGGCAGAAAGAUCAAAAUCUCAGUGAAGAAGAAAGUGAAGUUGGAAGUGAAGGGAGACAGGGUGGAAAACAAAGUGCUGGUGCUCACGUCAUGCCGAGCCUUCCUCCUGUCAGCGCGCAUCCCCACCAAGCUCGAGUUAACCUUCAGCUAUCUGGAGAUUCAUGGAGUCAUCUGCCACAAGCCAGCUCAAAUGGCCGUAGAAACUGAGAAGUGUAGCAUGUCCAUGAAGAUGGCAUCAGCUGAGGAUGUGAGUGACGUGCUGGGUCACAUAGGCACCUGCUUGCGGAGGAUAUUUCCAGGCCUCUCCCCACUGAGAAUCAUGAAGAAAGUCUCCAUGGAGCCAUCUGAGCGCCUGGCCAGUCUCCAGGCCCUGUGGGACAGCCAGACCUUGGCUGAGCCAGGCCCCUGUGGUGGGUUUUCCCAGAUGUAUGCCUGUGUGUGCGACUGGCUGGGGUUUUCCUACAGGGAAGAGGUGCAGUGGGAUGUGGAUACAAUUUAUCUGACACAAGACACCAGGGAAUUGAACUUACAAGACUUCAGUCAUCUUGAGCACAGAGACCUGAUCCCCAUCAUUGCGGCCCUGGAAUAUAAUCAGUGGUUCACGAAACUGUCCUCCAAGGAUCUUAAGCUGUCCACGGAUGUCUGUGAACAGAUCUUGAGGGUGGUGAGUCGGUCCAACAGACUGGAAGAAUUGGUGUUGGAAAAUGCUGGACUCAGAACAGAUUUUGCACAAAAAUUGGCCAGUGCUCUAGCACAUAAUCCUAACUCAGGACUUCACACGAUCAACCUCGCUGGGAACCCGCUGGAGGAUCGAGGUGUGUCCUCCUUAAGUAUUCAAUUUGCCAAACUCCCAAAGGGAUUGAAGCAUUUAAACCUAUCUAAAACCUCAUUGUCACCUAAAGGGGUGAACAGCCUUUGUCAGUCUCUCAGUGCCAACCCUCUGACUGCCUCUACCCUCACCCACCUGGACCUCUCAGGGAAUGCUCUCCGUGGAGAUGACCUGUCGCACAUGUACAAUUUUUUGGCGCAGCCCAACACCAUUGUUCAUCUGGAUUUAUCUAAUACAGAAUGUUCUCUGGACAUGGUGUGUAGUGCUCUUCUCCGGGGGUGCCUUCAGUGUCUCGCUGUGCUCAAUCUCUCCAGAUCGGUCUUCUCUCACAGGAAAGGAAAGGAAGUCCCCCCGUCUUUCAAGCAGUUUUUCAGCAGUUCUCUGGCUUUGAUGCAAAUCAAUCUUUCAGGCACGAAGCUGGCUCCUGAGCCCUUGAAGGCACUGCUCUUGGGCCUGGCCUGCAAUCAUAGCUUGAAGGGGGUUUCUCUGGACCUCAGCAACUGUGAGCUGAGGUCAGGAGGGGCUCAAGUGCUAGAAGGCUGCAUCGCCGAAAUCCACAACAUCGUCAGCCUGGACAUCUCCGACAACGGCUUAGAAUCCGACCUGUCUACCCUAAUAGUGUGGCUCAGUAAAAACAGAUCCAUACAGCACCUGGCGUUAGGCAAAAAUUUUAAUAAUAUGAAAUCCAAAAAUCUGACGCCUGUGUUGGACAACUUGGUGCAGAUGAUCCAAGAUGAAGACUCUCCUCUGCAGUCCUUGUCCCUGGCUGACUCAAAACUCAAGGCUGAGGUCACCAUCAUCAUCAAUGCCCUGGGCAGCAACACCUCCCUGACCAAAGUGGACAUCAGUGGAAAUGGCAUGGGCGAUAUGGGAGCGAAGAUGCUCGCCAAGGCUCUGCAGAUCAACACCAAGCUCAGGACAGUCAUCUGGGACAAAAACAACAUCACUGCACAAGGCUUUCAAGAUAUAGCAGUUGCCAUGGAAAAGAACUACACGCUGAGAUUCAUGCCCAUCCCUAUGUAUGAUGCCUCCCAAGCUCUUAAGACAAACCCUGAGAAGACAGAAGAGGCUCUCCAGAAGAUAGAAAACUAUCUGCUCCGGAAUCACGAGACUAGAAAAUACCUUCAGGAGCAGGCCUACCGUCUCCAGCAGGGCAUCGUCACCAGCACCACCCAGCAGAUGAUUGACCGAGUGUGUGUGAAGGUUCAGGAUCACCUCAACUCCUUGCGAUCCUGUGGGGGUGACGCUAUUCAGGAGGAUUUAAAGGCAGCAGAGCGGAUCAUGCGUGACGCUAAGAAUUCUAAAACGUUGUUACCGAACUUAUACCAUGUGGGCGGUGCUUCCUGGGCAGGAGCCAGUGGCCUGUCAUCCAAUCCCAUUCAGGAGACCCUGGAAUCAAUGGCCGGAGAAGUCACAAGAGUUGUCGAUGAACAACUGAAGGGUUUGCUCGAGAACAUGGUGGAUGCGGCCGAGAACCUCUGCCCCAGUGUGAUGAAAAAAGCCCACAUCCGACAGGACCUGAUCCAUGCCAGCACUGAAAAGAUUUCCAUCCCGCGCACCUUUGUUAAAAAUGUCCUGUUGGAGCAGUCCGGAAUCGACAUUCUUAACAAAAUUAGCGAGGUGAAGCUGACAGUGGCCUCAUUCCUGUCUGACCGCAUCGUGGAUGAGAUCCUGGAGGCGCUCUCCAGCAGCCAUCGGAAGCUGGCGGACCAUUUCAGCAGGCGAGGCAAGAGCCUUCCCCAGCGAGAGGCCCUAGAGGUGGAGCUGGCGGAGGAGAAGCCGGUGAAACGUGCCACACUUAUGGUGGAGGAUCUCACCGAGGUGGAGAGGCUGGAAGACCUAGACACCUGUAUGAUGACUCCCAAGUCCAAGAGGAAGAGCAUCCAUAGCCGAAUGCUGCGGCCUGUCUCCAGGGCGUUCGAAAUGGAGUUUGAUCUUGACAAAGCUCUGGAAGAGGUUCCGAUUCACAUCGAAGACCCGCCUUUCCCAUCAGUCCGGCAGGAGAAGCGAAGCUCGGGGUUCAUUUCUGAGCUGCCCUCAGAGGAAGGCAGGAGGCUGGAACACUUCACCAAGUUACGGCCCAAGCGGAACAAGAAGCAGCAGCCCACACAGGCAGCGAUCUGUAACAUCAGCAUCAUCCCCCAUGAUGGAGAACAGAACGGCCUCAUGGGCAGAGUGGAUGAAGGUGUAGAUGAAUUUUUCACCAAGAAAGUGACUAAAAUGGAUAGCAAGAGGUCAUCCACACGCUGCUCCGAUGCCCACGAACUGGCCGAAGGAGAUGAGAAGAAAAAACGAGAUUCUCGGAGAAGUGGCUUUCUUAACCUCAUCAAAUCGCGGUCCCGAUCUGAGCGGCCGCCCACAGUCCUGAUGCCGGAAGAGCUGUCCUCCCCAAAGGGGGCCAUCCGGAGUCCACCCGUGGACACCGCCAGGAAGGACGUAAAGGCAGCGGAGCACAAUGGUGCUGCUGAACGCACAGAGGAGGUGAAGACGCCGGAACCCCUGGAGGAGGGUCCGGCCGAGGAAUCCGGCAGGAUUGAGCGCAGCGACAGCAGGGGUAGCCCCCAGGGUGGCCGGCGCUAUGUGCAGGUGAUGGGCAGCGGGCUGCUGGCUGAGAUGAAGGCCAAGCAGGAACGGAGAGCAGCGUGUGCCCAGAAGAAGCUUGUCAAUGACAUCACCUCCCAGGAUUCCUCCAGCCCAGUCUUGAGCAGCACAGAGCGGUCGGAUGGAGGUGGGACAGUGCCCAAAUUGUACCCAGGUCUUCCAGAGGCCCGCUUUGGUUUGGGAACACCAGAAAAGAAUGCCAAAGCAGAACCCAGAGUGGAUGGGGGCUACAGGUCUCGAAGCUCCUCCAGCGUGCCCACCAGCCCGAAGCCCCCCCUGCAGACCCCCAAGCCCAGCCCAGGAGCCCGGCCCUCCAUUCCCCAGAAGCCAAGAACUGCCUCCCGACCCGAAGAUACCCCAGACUCUCCAUCUGGUCCGAGUUCCCCUAAAGUUGCUCUUCUUCCACCCACCCUCAAAAAAGCCCCCUCGGACAAGGAGCGCGAAGGCCAGAACAGCCCCCAGGCCAGUCCCAGGACCCUCUCCCAGGAAGUCUCAAGGAGAAGCUGGGGUCCACAGGCCCAGGAGUGUCAAGAACAAAAACAGCGGUCCUCCGGCAAAGACGGUCACCAGGGAAGCAAAUCCAGUGACUCCGGAGAAGAGGCAGAAAAAGAGUUUAUUUUUGUGUAAUGGUGCCCACCCCAAGCCUUCCCAUGCAGGGUGCUCUCCUCAGCCCUCAGAGAGGAGCCGCGGGCAGUGCGUCUUCUCCUUCUCUGGUGCUUUCUUCUUUCUCUCCUUUCCUUCUUUUUCUUAAAAAAAAUAUAUCCAAAGUCCACUUUUUGGUUAUCAAAGCACAUUUUUGGUCUUCCCCAUUCUCAGCAUUUGAUUUCUAAACAUUGUUUCUUAUGCCUUCAACAAAAAGCCAGCAAUUACUCCACGGGCCCUACUUGAAUUUCUCUGAGGCAGCUACACAUUGCCCUGCAUGGUGAGAUUUUUGGAAAUUAGUGAAGUAACUGGACUCACACCCAAGUAACUAUCCAGGCGACGCUGGGAUGCUGCAGGGUGUAUUUCCGUCAGACCCACACAUGACUCGAUAUAGCAAUUUAUUCUUGAUGUAUGCAAUUGCACAUUGUAAUUAUAUUAACAGAGCACACUAAUAAAUAUUUGUAUAAAUUAUAUAUAUAUUAGAUCUUGGGCAUUGUUCUUACAUUCUCCCAUGGGGGGAGCACAUCCUUCCCCAUGGAGAAGUGUACAUUUAAAGCUUGGUUGGUAACCUUUGUAGACCAUCAGCGACCACAGCUCAGAACAGAGUGUGAGAAGCCCAGAUUCGUGUAUAUAGUUGAUUGGAAUGAGGUCUUAGGAAUAUUCAUGUUUUUGAAGGCCUUUAAUUUCUGUCUGCUUAUUAGCUUUUAAUGUGUGGUUUUUAAGAGAAAAUUUUGGCACCUGUAAAAAAAAAAAAAAGAUGUCUAAAUACUACUCUUUAUAAAACAUCUCACAAGUAUUCACUUACAUUACAGGCUGAAAGUAUUUUAUUCAUAUGUAUAUUUAUACCAAUAAAAUGAUUUUCCAAGUGGGA